CUUUGACGAUUUUCAAAUAUAAUAAAGUUUAAUUUGAUAUGGAACUUUUUUAAACCAUAUAUAAACUAUGGUUGGUCGUAAACCAUGUUGUGAUGAGGUUGGAUUAAGAAAGGGACCAUGGACAGUGGAAGAAGAUGGGAAACUAGUUGAUUUCUUAAGGACACGUGGCAACUGCGGUGGCGGCGGAGGAGGAUGGUGCUGGAGAGACGUGCCAAAACUGGCGGGGCUAAGGCGAUGGUCGAAGAUUGCAGUGGAGUUACCAGGAAGAACAGACAACGAUAUCAAAAAUUAUUGGAACACUCAUAUAAAGAGGAAGCUUAUAAGAAUGGGUAUUGAUCCAAACACACAUCGUCGGUUUGACAACCUAAAAGUCAACGAGGAUAAAAAGGUAUUGGUCAACGAUCUAAAGCCUCUGCCUGAGCCAGAGGUACCGGUAGUCUUGAAGAAUGACACGUCGGCGGUGUUAUCAGGAAAUCUAAACCAGUUAGCUGACGUAGACGGUGAUGAUCAGCCGUGGAGCUUUUUAAUGGAUAAUGACGGAGAGGGAGGUGGUGGCGCCGCCGGAGAGCUUAUGAUGCUAUUGUCCGGCGACAUUACGUCAUCAUGUUCUUCUUCGUCAUCUUUGUGGUUGAAGUAUGGAGAUUUGGGAUACGAAGAUUUAGAACUUGGAUGUUUCGAUGAUUAGAGAUUCAAGUAUGCUUAGUUAGUCCGUAGAUAAUCAUAAGGUUCAUUGACUUCAUUCUAUAACCAUAGAUUCAUGUAGUUGGACCAAUAUAACGAAUAAAACAUAGUAAUUUCC